AUGCAUCACAAGCUCAUAAAUAUACUUUCCAAAAUACUGAGAUAUAAUGGAAUUUGGCCUGUCGAAUCAGCAACGACAAUAAGUUUUAAAUUAUUAAAUUUAAUUUUACGUUUUAUUAAUUUUUUUAUAUUUGUCUUUUUAACGUCAAUUAUAAUGGCCGACGCAAUUGCUAAUCACAGUGAUUUGUCACUAAUUACAGAUAAUUUAUGUUUUUUAAUUGGAUGUUUUGAAACAAUGUCUAAGGCAUUUAAAUUUUAUACUGAGUAUAAUAAUAUUAUUAAAUUGAUAAAUGACAUUUAUGAACCAAUUGAUAAGCUUAAAAAAGUGAAUAAUAUAGAAAUCAUGACACGUGUCAACGAAUUGUCGCGUUUUGAAUGCCGACAAUUUUAUAUAUUAUCUGGAAUAGUUGUACUGUUAAUAUCGGCACGUGUUUUUGGUGCGGAUAGAGCUAAUAGAGAGUUUCCUGUUCGUGCUAUUUUUCCAUUUGACGGAAAAAAAUCACCAAAUUACUUAUUAAUAUAUAUUUUAAUAUCUUAUGGGGUGGCGUUUAUUGACGUAUCCUUAUUUACACUCGACUUAAUGAUUGUUGUAAUAAUGAGGUAUCUAACAUUUCAACUAGAAAUAUUGAUAUCUAAUUACAAGCAUUGUCAUGUAAGGUCAACAAGAAAUAUAGCUCGCAAUAUUCUACCGAAUGGUUUAGAAACAGUUGAAAGGUUCAACGAAAUAGCAACUGUUAAUGACUACGAUGACGAUGAUAAUGGAGACGAUGAAAUAAAAAAUUUUGUUAUAUUUGAAAUUCACCAGAAGGAUAUUAAUAAUAUAAAUACGUUUGAUUGGAGAUUGAAACAAUGUAUUAAACAUCACCAGAAAAUAGUCCAGAUGCUGGUAGUUCUCAAUGACUGUUUCAGUUUCUGUGUAAUUGUUCAAAUUUUGACUAGCACAAUAUUAAUAUGUCUAAAUGGAUUCCAAAUUCUUCUCGGUAAUGAUGAUCGACAUCUACUGAUAAGACGGAUCAUAGCUAUCAACGCAGUUUUAUUACAAUUAUUUUUUUGGUGUUGGUACGGAAACAAAAUGAGCACCGUAGCAGAUUCACUGACUUACAAUCAAUGGAUGUGCGGAUGGGAAAGUGAAUUCAAGCGAGGAGUCAGUAACUCCGUGACAACAUCGAUGAUUUUAUCGUUACGAUCAUUAGAACUCCGCGCAAUUGGCCUCGUUCCUUUAUCUCUGCAGACGUUUGUUUCAGCAAUCAAAAAGUCAUACUCAGUAUUAAUACUCUUACUUACUGUAGUCGAGGACUGA